AGUCGUGUUUUUCGCUACAAACUAGAAAGAUGUUUUCGGAAUUCUUUAUAUUCUUUGCCAGUGUUGCAGUUCUCUUUUAUAUCUGGCAGAAGCGAUUUUAUAGCUUUUGGCAGCGUAAUGGAGUGAAAUCAAUUAAGCCAGAGCCAAUUUUUGGAAAUAUACGAAGUUUUCUUACUGGGAAAAUUCCUUUCUUUGAACAACUCAGUAUUCUCCACGCAACCAAGGGAUUUGAGGACGAGCCAUUAAUCGGAGUAUACUUCCUUAAGGGUCCUGGAGUAAUUGUGCGAGAUCUUGACCUGGUCAAGACUGUGAUGAUCAAGAAGUUCAACUAUUUUGUGAAUCGAGUUAUGACAACGGAUCCCAUUCAUGAUUCACUCGGCCACAAUAAUCUUUUACUUUCGCGCAAUCCGGAUUGGAGAAUUCUCAGGAAUAAAAUCUCUCCUGUUUUUACAAGUGGAAAAAUAAAGCAAAUGUAUCCUCUGAUGGUGGAUGUUGGUAAGGAUCUAGAAGAGAACUUGGGAAAAGUGCCCAUUGAUUCAGUCGUUCUAAUUAAGGAUAAAUGUGCUCGGUUUACCAUCGAUCUUAUAGCAAGUAUAGCUUUUGGAAUUAAUGCUAAUGCUUUGAAAAUGGACAAUAGCGAGUUCUAUAAUGUUAACUCUGAAUUUUUUAAGUUCAGUUUAAAAAGAGUUUUGGAUACUGCUUGUAUCUUUUUAAUACCAUCAAUGGUUUCCCUGGUGAAAGCCAAAUUGUUUCCAAAAAAGGCCAGGGAUUUCUUUAUUCGUACAAUAUCUUAUGUGUUAAAUGAACGUGAGAAAUCAGGAGUGCAACGCAAUGAUCUAAUCGACGUUCUACUGGCCUUGAAGCGAGAGACUCAGUCUCAAAAAAAAGAGUUUAAUGAUAAAGAUUUGGAAUAUUUGGUUGCCCAAGCUGGUCUAUUUCAGACAGCUGGAUUUGAGACAAGUUCAUCUACCAUGACCAUGACUCUCUUUGAGUUAGUCCACAAUACUGCGAUCCAAGAUCGACUUCGCUCGGAGAUAAAGGAAUACUUCGGGGAUGAGGACCACAUCAGCUAUGAACGUUUGCAGGAAAUGCCUUACCUUAAUCAAGUUGUCAAUGAGACUUUGAGAAAGUAUCCUAUCGCUGGCUUCGUUGAACGAGAAUGCGCACAACCGCAAUCAGGAGAAAAGUUUACUCUAAAGCCCUAUUAUGAUUUUGAGGUGCCGAGUGGCAUGCCGUUUUAUGUGUCAACUCUUGCGAUUCAUCGAGAUGAGAAGUACUGGCCAGAUCCUGAGAAAUAUGAUCCUGAACGCUUCGCGCCAGAAAAUCGUGAUAAGAUCAACAUGGAUGCCUAUAUGCCUUUUGGUAUCGGUCCCCGCAACUGCAUUGGCAUGAGACUUGGACUUCUGCAGGCUAAACUAGGUCUGGCUCACCUAUUGCGUAAUCACAGUGUAGCUAAGUGCGAACAAACAGUUGAUUCCUUUAAAUUUGAGGUGAAAAAUGCACUUAUGGCAAGCAAUGUGGACAUAUUCGUGAGACUACAAAAGGAUUCCAAAGGAUUUGAGAAUGAGCCAUUAAUAGGAGUUUACUUCCUGAAGGGUCCUGGAGUAAUUGUGCGGGAUCUCGACCUAGUUAAGACUGUGAUGAUCAAGAAGUUCAACUAUUUUGUGAAUCGAGCUAUGAAAACAGAUCCAAUUCACGAUUCACUUGGCUACAAUAAUCUCUUACUAUCCCGAAGUCCAGAUUGGAAAGGUCUCAGGAAUAAAAUCUCUCCUGUCUUUACCAGUGGUAAAAUAAAGCAAAUGUAUCCGCUGAUGGUGGAUAUUGGUAAGGAUCUAGAAGACAACUUAGCGAAAAUGCCCGAUAAUUCUGUUGUUCGCAUUAAGGAUAAAUGUGCUCGAUUUACCAUUGAUCUUGUAGCGAGUAUUGCUUUUGGAAUCAAGGCUAAUGCUUUGAAAAUGGACAAUAGCGAGUUCUUUAAGGUUAACACAGAAUUCUUUAAGCUCAGCUUAAAAACGCUUUUGGAUAGUUUUUGCAUUUUUCUACUACCAUCAUUGGCUUCUCUGGUUCAUGCCAAAAUGUUUCCAAAACCGACCAGAGAUUUCUUUAUUCGUACAAUAUCCUACGUUUUAGAUGAGCGUGAGAAGUCUGGAGUGCAACGGAAUGAUCUAGUCGAUGUUCUACUGGCAAUGAAACGAGAGACUAAAUCUCAAAAAAAUGAUUUUAAUAAUAAAGAUUUGGAGUUUUUGGUUGCCCAGGCUGCUCUAUUUCAGACAGCUGGAUUUGAGACUAGUUCAUCUACUAUGACAAUGACGCUCUUUGAGUUAGUCCACAAUACUGCGAUCCAAGAUCGACUUCGCUCGGAGAUAAAGGAAUACUUCGGGGAUGAGGACCACAUCAGCUAUGAACGUUUGCAGGAAAUGCCUUAUCUUUGUCAAGUUGUCAAUGAGACUUUGAGAAAGUAUCCUAUCGCUGGCUACGUUGAACGAGAAUGCGCCCAACCUGAGUCGGGGGAAAAGUUUACUCUACAGCCUUACUACGAUCUGGAGGUACCAAAUGGCAUGCCCUUUUAUGUCUCAACUUUGGCGAUACAACGAGAUGAAAAGUACUGGCCAGACCCUGAGAAAUAUGAUCCUGAUCGCUUCGCGCCAGAAAAUCGUGAUAAGAUCAACAUGGAUGCCUAUAUGCCUUUUGGUAUCGGUCCCCGCAACUGCAUUGGUGGAAUUGUUGUAUAUAAAAGCUUGAGAUGGGCUAUGCAGCAGUGGCAGUCCAUAGUGCAAUCCAGAACUCAGAUGUAUACUGAAAUCAUUUUACUCAUCGCCAGUUUGGCUCUUGCCUUCUAUCUCUGGCAGAAACGAGUUCAUAGCUAUUGGCGUCGCCAUGGCAUUAAGUCCAUAAAGCCUAAACCAAUCUUUGGAAACUUUCGCAGUUUUCUGACGGGAAAAGUGCCAUAUUUCGAGCAACUUAGUAUGCUGUAUAAUACACCUGGAUUCGAGGAGGAACCUUUGAUUGGUGUUUAUUUGCUAAAAGGACCGGGCAUAAUUAUUCGUGAUCUUGAUCUAAUUAAGACCGUAAUGAUCAAGAAAUUUAACUUUUUUGUGAAUAGAGUUAUAAGAACUGAUCCCAUUCACGAUCCUCUUGGCUACAACAACUUAUUCUUUGUACGUAAUUCGGACUGGAAGAAUGUCAGGAGUAAAAUAUCACCGGUGUUUACAAGCGGCAAGAUCAAGCAAAUGUAUCCGCUGAUGGUGGAAAUUGGCAAAGAUUUGGAACAGCUCUUGGCGAGUUUGCCUGUUGACUCUAUAGUAUGCAUUAAGGAUAUUUGUUCCCGAUUUACCACUGACUUAAUAGCGACUAUUGCUUUUGGGAUCAAAGCCAACGCUCUGAAGGACACAAAUAGCGAGUUCUUCAAAGUGAAUACAGAGUUCUUUAAUUUCGACUUGUCGCGCGUUUUGGACAGUUUCAUAAUUUUCUUGUUUCCCACAUUGGCUUCUCUGGCACGAGUCAAAACAUUUUCGAAGCGAACAAGGGAUUUCUUUAUGAAUACUAUUUCGUAUGUUCUUUCGGAGCGUGAGAAAUCUGGAUUACAUCGCAAUGAUCUAAUUGAUGUCCUAUUGGCUAUGAAACGCGAAGCAGCUGCUCAUCCAGAAAACGAUAAAAAUAAAACUGAGGAUUUGGCUUAUUUGGUGGCCCAUGCUGCUACCUUCCAGACAGCGGGCUUUGAGACAAGCUCUUCGACUAUGACGAUGACUCUUUUUGAAUUGGCACGUAAUACUGUCAUACAGGAGCGUCUUCGCCGAGAGAUAAGUGAUUAUUUUGCAGACGAGGAUUUCAUUAGCUACGAGAGAAUCCAGGAAAUGCCUUACCUCACACAGGUGGUAAAUGAAACGCUGCGGAAAUAUCCUAUUGCAGGGUUUAGUGAACGAGAAUGUGCCCAACCUGAGACGGGAGAAAAGUUUACUCUCAAGCCUUACUAUGAUCUGGAGGUGCCAAACGGUAUGCCCUUUUAUGUUUCCACUCUGGGAAUUCAUCGUGACGAAAAGUAUUGGCCAGACCCUGAGAAAUAUGAUCCUGAUCGCUUCGCGCCAGUAAAUCGUGAUAAGAUCAACAUGGAUGCCUAUAUGCCCUUUGGAAUCGGUCCCCGCAACUGCAUUGGCAUGAGGCUUGGACUUCUGCAGGCUAAACUAGGUCUGGUUCACUUGUUGCGUAAUCACAGUGUCGCCAAGUGUGGUAAAACCGUGGACUCCUUCAAUUAUGCUUCUAAUAGUCCUGUUAUGAGUCCUGAUGUGGACAUCUAUUUGCAAUUGCAAAAGGAUUAAGACAGAUUAGACUGGUGGAAGAAGUCUACUUAAAUAAAUGUAACUAUAAGAAGCAUUCA